AUGGAGUAUAUACAUGCAUCUUCGUCUCCAGCUACUAUUGCUGAGCUUGAUUUAUUUCAAUUUCCCCCAACACAGACUGUCAUUGAAAGUAUCUAUGACACAGAAUACAGACCGAUAGGAUCGAUUGCGAAAGCUAAUGUAUUUGAAUUCAUAGUGCCAGCUUCGGAACACUACACUGACCUCUCUGCAACGUAUUUGUAUGCAAAAAUGAAGAUUGACGUACCCACAGGAAAAAGUGUUACACCCACAAACAAUUUUGCUGCCUCACUAUUUGAGCAACUUGAUGUUUAUUUUGGGAGUGUAAACGUCACACCUGGAAAUAGUUUAUACCACUAUCAGUCAUACAUUGAUGACAUAUUUUUCAAGUAUAAAUCACCCCUUGAUGAUUGUCAAAUGAUUAAUGAUACGGAAUCUGCAAGAUCUGAUAGAAUCAAAGAUAAAAAAGAGUUUGACAUUAUAAUACCUAUUCACGCUCCAAUGUUUCAACAAGAAAAAUUUUUGAUUGAUAAUGUGCCCAUCUCGUUACGAUUCAAAUGUGCACCGCAGACUUUUGGAUUGAACAGCGCAACAGAAGUAACUCCGCUGAGUGUAGAGUUUACACAGCUUUCUCUUUUCAUAAGGCGAGUUAAAUUGUAUGCUCCAGUACAAAUGGCAAUCACUUCACAAUUGGAAAAGAGUCCGGCAAAGUAUUACUUUCAAAGGAAUGAAGUCAAAUCAUUUCAUCUACCAAAAGACUUUGCUGCAAAUAGCAUUGACAAUGUAUACAAUGGACAGUUACCACGCAAAAUUAUUGUUGGUUUUGUUUCUGAUGAUGCAUUUAAUGCGAAAUUGACAAAAGACUCAUUCAAUUUUGAACAUAAAAAUCUGCAAAGCGCUACGAUUGUCGUAAAUGGAACUAAAAUACCGAGUACACCUUAUCAGCCUGAUUUCAAAAAUAAAUUAUUCAUGAGAGAAUACUUUAAUGUUUUCCGCUCCAUGAAUCAAGAUAAUGGAAUACCUAAAAUCAAUCUAAAAUAUCAAAAUUAUUCUGAUAAAUAUCCACUUCUUGUUUUUGAUUUAACCGAUGAUGGUACUCUCGCAAGUGAUUCAGGUGUAUUAUCUAUGAUCAAGAGAGGCAAUGUUCGUAUGGAUAUUCAAUUUUCUUCUGCUCUUAGUGAAGGGAUGCAUAUGCUGGUGUUUGCUAUAUAUGAUAGCGUUCUACAAAUUGAUGCAGCACGUAAUAUUGUCACGGACUACUGA